AUGUCUACUAAUCGCAUGAUGCAUGCCGGUAGUUGGACGAAGCUCAUCUUGAUGGAGUUGAAGGACCUGUAUGCAGCUUGUGGCCUCUCAGUGGAAGGUAAUAAGAAAGAGCUAGGUGAAAGACUGCAUGCUUAUUUUGAUAAAAGAAAAGAUAAUGAUCCAAAGGCGCAGUCGAAAGAGAGCAGUAAAGGGCAGAAACAAGGUCUCAUAAUUACUAGAGAUAGAAUGGGAGAGGUAGUAGAUAUGGAUUCGGAUGAUGACGGGAAAGAAAAAGUUAGUUCAGUUCCAGUGGAUGUUUUCUUGACAGCUCUUAGUAGUAUUGAAAGGAAGAUAGAUAAGAGUUUUUCGGCCUUGUAUAGGGAGAUCGAAGAAGAAGAUUCAUUGGAGGAGGCUUGGCCAAAGGUAAAAUUGUCUAAACUACAUGACCAGUAUGAGUAUGAUUUUUUGGCAAAGAUUGGUAGGCAUUUAGAUAAGGUAAUAAGAAUGUUACCAGAUUCUGUUAAGAAAGAAGUUGUUAGUAUGCAUGAUGAGGUAGAAUCAAGGGCUAUUACAUUGAGAUUAGCAGAUGAUAGGGAUUGGGAGCUGCGCUACAAAUAG